AUGUCUCCACAAAAUAUAGAUAAAAUUGAAGGUGACCUUUUUCAGAAAGACUGCCCUGAAAACAACGAUUUUCUGGCACCCCUUCGCAAUUAUGGCGUCAUUGUAGACGGAUCCCUAAAGCUAUUUGAAAGACAUGUAGCUGCUCUGAAAAACACAUUGCGAGGAUCGACUGUCUCUGUAAUAGUGGACGAGACCACCGAUGACAGAUCGAAGUCUGUCGUCAACGUUCUCUUUGUGGAGCCACCGAGCAGCUUAGAUGAAUGCCCGAAGCCAAUCCUCGUCGAAGCGCAGUUCGUUGACGAAGUAGACGCGGGUACCAUCAGCCACAUCGUAGCCAAGACAGUGACGACGUACGGCAUCCAGUCUGAAGAUGUCACAGCUUUCAUAAGCAACAAUGCUGCGUACAUGAUCAAGGCGUAUAAGGAACACGUCCGACCCUUGUGCGAAAAUUCUGUACACAUUACUUGUGUCACACAUACGGUGAACAUUGUGGGAGGCACUAUGCAGAGCUCUUUUGAACUCGUUGACCAGUUUGUAGUGGCAAUGAAAAAAGCUUUCAGAUUGUCAAGCAGCAAACGUGCUCUCUAAAAAUCAUGUCUGGAACAGUGUGGUGGACAGCAACCCAAGACACCCCUGGCGCUAGUCAAGAGAUGGCAGAACUCUUAGCUAGAGGCCGUGGAAGUACAUUCAGCUUAUAUUGAGCACUACCCUUCUCUUCUAACGAAGGUUCGAGAAAAGUAUGGUGACACUGCGAAAGCUGGCUUUCUUCAGCAGCUACUUGGUGAGCAACAUUCAGAACUAAAGUAUAGCAUGCGCUGCAUCAGUGUUUUUGAAAAGAAAAGAAAACUAAGCCUUCUCAAGGCUGCAGAGAGCCAACAGAUAUCUAGUGAUAAAGCCUACAAUGCUCUCUUAAUAUUGUGGGUCUAUUUUACGGGUGCAGCGCAAGAGGACUUCGAGAGCCUUUUGCUAGCUGAAAAUGCCUGGAGAUUUUUCAAAUGCAUAAGGUGUUUGGACCUUCUGCAUAUCACUUCACUGGCACACGACCGAGAGCACUACAGUGUCAUUCCUGGUGUUGCAGCUCACUCAGCCACUCUGUCUGCUGAAUGGCAGUUAUACCUUAAAAGUGCGGGUGAGUUGCAGGCCAGUGACAACCCACUUUCUCAGUUUCUUUCAAACGAAACACGCUGUGGCCCAGAUUUUGAUACCAUGAGCUUCUGGUCUGGAAUGAAAGAGCUCACACCUGCUUUGAGGUAUCUGCCUGGGACGUUGUCUAAAAAAAGGCAUUCACUAAGUAAUCAAAACACAUCAUAUUUAUUGAUGCUGAAGCACAAUAGCUACUUCGACUUGUAA